UCUCCGCGCCUUCUCUGGCCCUUGGAAAAGACUAGAGGGUAGGAGGAGGAGGAGGAGGAGAGCAGCUUCUCUUGGGGAUCGGAGGGCAGGCAAUGGCGUUCCAGGGGACGACCACCAAGUGCAUGGCAUGCGACAAGACGGUGUACUUGGUCGACAAGCUCACCGCCGACAACCGCGUCUACCACAAGGCCUGCUUUAGGUGCCACCAUUGCAAGGGCACCUUGAAGCUGGGAAACUAUAAUUCCUUUGAGGGAGUCCUGUACUGCCGACCUCACUUUGAUCAGCUCUUCAAGAUGACCGGCAGUCUGGACAAAAGCUUUGAAGGGACCCCAAAGGUUGUCAAACCAGAGAAGUAUGUCGAUAACGAGAACGCAAACAAAGUCUCCAGUGCUUUCGCUGGCACCCAAGAGAAGUGCGUUGGAUGCAGCAAGACUGUUUAUCCAAUUGAAAGGGUGACGGUCAACGGAACUGCGUACCACAAGAGCUGCUUCAAAUGCUGCCAUGGCGGAUGCGUCAUCAGCCCUUCGAACUACAUCGCGCACGAGGGAAAGCUGUACUGCAAGCAUCACCACAUCCAGCUGUUCAAAGAGAAGGGGAACUACAGCCAGCUUGAGAACGAUGAAGCAGAAGCUAAGUCAGAAUCCUCUGCUGCGUAAUCGAUUCCUGGAAACGCAUCUGUUUUGUUUGCCACAAGAGUGAGUGGUAUCCUUAGCUUUUGAUGCAUUCUAAUGCGCCUUGUGUUCUAUUUGAGAUAUGAAGGCUCCAAAUAUGUAUAAAGAGUUGGAGUACUUCUAAUUAUAAGGCCGCUUUAAUGUAAUAUGCAUAUCUGAGAUUUUGAGGAAAAUAUUA